AUGUUUUUUCAGCCCUUUAGAAGGGAUUGGCAAACGGAUUGGCCUGAGGGAGAGUUCCACGUGGAGCCAUGGUUGGGAUUGGCGGAGCUUGGCCUUGAGCCGCACGCAUCUCAUUCAACGUCGGCGACUUGCGUUGUUGAGCAGCAAAUGGUUACACUAACCCGAUGUGCUUGGAGUGUUGCUUCCCAACAAGUUGUCCAAAUUGACAAGGUUCUUGUUCUCUCCAAGGAAGUUCUCCGGAGUUUUUCGUGUUCCGUUGGUGGAGUUGUUGGUGGCAGAGGUGCUCAGAGAGUUGGUUGGGGAAAGGAGCUAAAAAAUAAUAUUAUAAUAUUUAUAACUUCUGACAUUACUAAUGUAAAACGUACAUCUCCUCCGAGAAGGUCAAACGAGUUGCUAUUCGGCAUGGUGGCGGAUGGAGCGGAAGCUGGAGCAUCCCAUGCAGCGAACGGAUCCGAGUUUCCAGUUGGAGCAACUUGUGGAGCAAUGGAGCUUGCCCAUGGGUCGUUGGAGGAAGAAGUGAACAACUGA